UUUUAACUAUUAUUCGAUGCUUAACAUAUGUAAUACAAUUUAAACAAACGCGAAACGGUCAAUAAUUUUUAAACGUUAAAACUGUGUAUUGAAAUACACCGAGAAAAAUGGCAUCCAUUAAAAUCCUACUUCUGUCAAUGAUUCUAUUGUUCGGCGUCUUUUCUCUCUUCACAGUAGAUGCAGCAUCUAAAGCACACAGUCAAAACGUUAUUCACCCAUCAGUAGAUCGAAUUUUCUCAAAAGUUAAAGAAGCUGAGCUGAAAGACACACUAAGCGUUGGUGUCAAAAUGAAUGAACCAGAUACACUAGUGAUAGGACCAGUUCGGGGAUUUGAUAGAGAUCAUCGUCGCCGAUUUCGACGUCAUAGACGUCGUAGACGUGGUGGUCGACGACAUGGAAGAAGACUUCAAAGGGGAUUAAACAAGAAACCAUAUCGUAGUGGUUAUCCAAUGCAUUAAAGGUGAUGAAGUUCAGAAAAUUUUGUUACCUCUCUGUGAAAUAUCUUCCUUCGUUUAUAGAGCAAAGAAAGAAUGGCAAUCUCAAGUGCGCUUCUUAUAGGAAUCUUCGUACCUACCUUGAACUUAUAGAUUAUUACUGGUAAAUAUAUUCGUUUAAUGAAUUACCUGUUUACUGAUUCGAUUAUGAUUGAUAUGAACACUAGUCAAAUUUUUAUAACUAUUUAUAUUUGUAAUAGGUAUUUUUAACCUGGAUAAUUUGUUCAAAUAAACCAUUUUGAUUU